AUGGUACAUGAGUUGAACGAUAGAAUUCUGAAAAUGAUACCAGGUGAAGGAAGAACAUAUUUCAGCUCUGACAAUGUAUGCAAAGCGAGCAUGAACACUAACGAUGAAGAACUGUUGUACCCAACCGAAUUUCUAAAUAGCUUAACAUUCCCUGGCAUCCCUAAUCAUGACAUACACUUAAAAGUAGGUAUCCCAGUUAUGCUUCUCAGAAAUCUAAACCAAACAGAAGGCCUAUGCAACGGAACAAGAUUAAUUGUCAGGCAUCUUGGAAAUUGGUCUGUCAGCGCAAACAUCAUGUCCGGAAAGAACAAUGGUUCCAGCGUCACAAUUCCAAGAAUCAUAAUGUCUCCCAACGAUUCAAAGUGGCCAUUCAAGCUUAACAGAAGGCAGCUCCCUUUGGCGCCAUGUUUUUCCAUGACAAUCAAUAAAAGUCAAGGACAGUCUCUUAACCAUGUCGGCUUGUAUCUUCCGAAACAAGUAUUCACCCAUGGUCAAUUAUAUGUGGCUGUCUCCCGAGUAACAACAAGAGAGGGAUUAACCAUACUAAAUGCUGACGAGGACACAGAAAAUCCUACAUUCAUUAAAAAUAUUGUUUACAAAGAGGUAUUCCAAAAUAUACGUCCUAUGGUUGCUGAGACACGCGAGGGAAAAAGAAAGGUUAAGGAUAACAUUGAAACAAAACGUUUUGUUGAAGGGAAGGCGGAAUCAACCAAUAAGGUGAUUAUUCAAAACCUCAAAAAGAGGUUAGAAGCAGCUAAAGAUGAGAACACAAAUAAUGAGCCAUUGCUGGUAAAGCUGGAACUACUCGACGAACGCAGGGACUUAACACACUUGAGGAUGGUAGCUCAGAAACAAAGGAUGGAAGGAUACUAUAAUCGGAGGGCCAAUCCCCGCAACUUUAAAGUAGGAGACUUGGUUUUGAGAAAAGUGACUCAGAACACUUGGGAAAUCAACACUGAAAAGCUAGGUCCGACGUGGGAAGGCCCCUACUGGGUUUCAACUGUCAUUGGUAAGGGAUCAUAA